CCUACUUAAUCUGAUGAUCGGAUCUACCUACCUACUUAUACCUACAUCCAUGAUAGUAUUUACAACUGCUUAGCAAACAACCCUCCCGACCAGUUCCACAUGGAUCCCUCCCCUCCAGCUUCGCUGCUGGCUUGCCUCCUUGACGACACUGACAUCUGGACGGGAACUAUCGUGGCAUUUACGAUCGUCAUCGUCUUGAUCUCCAUUUAUCAAGCCCAGCCCUCUGGGCCGGCAUACGCUCUCGCACGACCAGCACGCGCAUUUCAUCCCCCAUCGGGAGCAAACAAGCCAGAAGGUUCUGCAAGGCAACUCUCCAUUCUUGACCUCGAAGUUUGCUAAAAAGGAGGCUUGUUUGGGGGGAGUGGAGACCCGGCCAGAUACAGGAGUGGCUAACAACAACAACAUCCUUUCGGUGUUUGACGCUGUUCGGGUACUAUCUAUCCUAUCAACGUGGCAAUGAAUAAAGAUGAAGAGACAGGCCCGCGUCUCAGGUACUGGGCCCCUUGAGGGCAUACCGAUGCCAGUACCUCCGGGGUGGGGUGAGAGGGACUGAACGGCAGGAGACCAGCAAAAAGCAGCUUCCAUUUGCUAUUGCCACCACCACCCCCGAGCAUUAUCAUCCUUGGUCUUGUGCUUGGAAUGGGAAGCUGCAGUUUGAGGUGUAGGAGUUGGCCUUUGUUUGUAUAUAUUAUGCCUAAGCGGAGCUGUUUCUAGGUGGUUUGCCUUGAAUAAAAGAAGGUUGAGAAGGGAGGGAGGGGAGGG